CAUUUAAUAAAGUCUUUCCCCUUUCAUGUUUCAAACAACUCAACAUGGCACUCAAUUUAGUUGUUAAGGUUCAUCCUGUUGUUUUAUUUCAAAUCGUUGAUGCAUAUGAGCGUCGAAAUGCUGAUUCACAUCGUGUUAUCGGAACUUUGUUAGGUACCUGUGACAAAGGGGUGGUGGAGGUGACCAACUGCUUCUGUGUGCCACACAAGGAACAUGCGGACCAGGUGGAGGCAGAAUUAAAUUAUGCCAUGGAUGUUUACGAACUCAACCGUAGGGUUAAUGCUUCAGAAAACAUUGUUGGUUGGUGGGCAACUGGAAAUGAGGUGACCAACCACUCAUCUGUGAUCCACGAGUACUACUCACGCGAGUGCCGAGAACCAGUGCACGUUACGCUGGACACGUCGCUGGCUGGAGCUCGCAUGGGACUGCGCGCGUACGUUUGCGUGGCGCUCGGCGUGCCGCGCGGGAAGCAGGGCUGCAUGUUCACUCCCAUUGAUGUUGGCCUUACAUAUUACGAGCCUGAGAUCGUAGGUCUGCAGCUGUGCCAAAAGACGAUAGGACCAGGUGGUCGCUCGCGACAAGUGCAGCCCGCCGUGGACCUCGCGCAGGUGGCCGACGCCGCCUCUAGGCUCUCUGGUCUACUCGACCAGGUGGUGCAGUAUGUGGAGGAGGUGCUAUCGGAGCGCACGACGCCCAACAAUGCGGUAGGUCGCCAGCUGUUGGAGCUGGUGAGCGCGCUGCCCGAUCUCGCCUCCGCCUCUUUCGCGGACGCCUUCGCCGGAGGCGUCAAGGACCUGCUCAUGGUGGUCACUCUCGCACAACUCAUCAAGACCCAGCUGCAACUGAACGAGAAGCUCACACUGCUGACGUCGCAGUGAGACACUACUCUCGUUGCCGGGAAAAUUUAAAGUCAUAAGUACUCAAUAAAGCGAAAAUGUGUAAAA